GCUACUUCCCUGAACGUAUCUGCCCGGUAGAUUUGAAGACGAGUCGAGAAAACUGGAGACGGGUGAGCAUUGGGUGAAUCGAAUCGGACUAGGAAACAAGAGCAGCUUAACUUACAUUAUUUUUUUCUAAAUCGAUUAUUUAUGUAACUAUGAUCUACAACAUUUAGACUGGCAAAAAUGAGAUUACGAUCCCGAACUAUUGACGACCGCCCAUCAUUGGCACAGUUCAAUGACAACGGUCAGUGCCCCUCAACAACUCCGCGACCUCGGCGAGCUGGAAAACGGAAUAUAGAAAAGGAUGAUGAGACACUUGAACAAGAGUACCACUCGCCCUCCUCUUACGAAGACACCGCCACAAGACUCCCCCCUGUUGUACAGGGUCGUGGGAGGAAAAGGCCGGCUGUAUUUGCUGACAGAGAAGACCUUGUCUUCAAGACCCCUGUCAGGGUCCAACAUCACAGGGUAUCAUCAGAGAUAGACCACCCUUCUCCUCAGAAUUCCGCAGUGCGGAAUAUUUACACACCUAUUGUACGUUUUCUCACACCUACCAAAGAAAACUCAAGGAGUCCCCGCAGUGGUGAUGUGCUCAUGAGUCCAGAACAAUGCGUGUUUGGUUUCGGCUCCAUCGGCCUCCUUGAAGGAGAGGAGGACAACGAGGAUGCUUUCAGCCCUUUCGCCUUUAUCAAGAACAUUCCAUCCCGGUCCCAGCAAUCCAAACCCUGCGUCCGAGACAUUCCACCCAAGACGAGGAGCACGCCCCAAGCUACGCUGGUUCUAGACCUGGAUGAGACUCUCAUGUACAGCUCACUCAGUGUCAUAGAUGAAGCAGAUUACACCUUCCGCACAGCGUUCCAGGACCACGAGUACAAGGUCUAUGUGAUUCUACGACCGUAUGUGAAGGACUUUCUGCAAGCCAUGUCAAAAGUAUUUGAGAUGUUUGUUUACACAUCAGCAAAGAAAGAAUACGCAGAAAAGAUACUGGACAUCUUGGACCCGCGGCGAAAAUUGUUUCGACAUAGACUGUAUCAAGUGGACUGUACCUGUGUCCUUGGACACUACGUUAAGGACCUGGGAGUGCUUCAGAGGGACCUGGCUAAGACUGUUGUGUUGGACAAUGCUCCACACACCUACCCCUAUCAUCUGAUGAACAUGAUUCCCAUCAAGAGUUGGUCUGGGGACAAGGAGGAUAAAGAACUGCAAAAGCUUAUCCCAUACCUGGAGAGACUGUCGGGAGCAGAUGAUUUCCGGGCAGUUCUGAAGAGGAGAACUGACCACUUUCACAGGCUGCUUUCUGAAGACUGAGAAGAGGCUUUCAUUACCAUAUUCUUUUUAAUCUUUUUCAAGAUACACUGAGAUUUAUAUUAAUAUUUCACACUAGCCGUAAGAGAAAUCCGAGAAACGUUUCAAACUAGCUGUUGCUAUUGUUACACUAUCUUGACCAUCUAAUAUUUCACAGUACACAACCCGUUUCAACCUACAAUCUUCUGCUUAAUAUAUGGAUCCUUCAGUGUUGUGGUGUCUAACAGUGGUCAACCCUAACCUUCCAGCAUGCUCCCUUCCGUGGAAGUGAAUGUACGUGGUGUAAAAAAGACUAAAAUGUCUUAAAUACACAAUCCCUCUAAUUUCAGAAAUUUGCUGUCCAAAAUUAUUUGUAUAUUUUGUUUUUAGAGGAAAAUAAAAUGUUGUUUGAAAGUUA